AUGCACAGGAUAGUGGAUGCUAACGCUUUCUUAACUCUCAUUACUAUUAUUUUGCGUCUGACCACUUUUUUUGCCAGUUCUGAAAGAUUUUACGACCUACUCACUAAACAACCUGGAAAGGAGUAUUCAGCAAAAGAAACUGUCGGAUUUCGAACAUUUCACGAAAUGCAUAAUCCCCAGUAUAGAGAAUAUGAAAAUGGUUUUCCUCCGGGGAUUUAUGGUUCUUCUGUUAUGCCUGUUACUAUAUGGUAUCAUUAUUGGGGUCGCAAAAAUUAUGAAGAUAUGUUUCCACAUAGUGCAAAUAUGUUCUUAGCCGAUGUAAACUGGCCGCAUAUAGUUACACUCUGCGAUGAAACUAAAUACCCCCGAUGUUCAUGGGCCUAUUUUCUAGCUCUGAUGCAACCAACUUCAUAUAAUCCACAUUUAAUACAAAAGAUAUUCGGAGAUGAAUUAAAAAAACCAUCCGAUGGAUAUUUUAUUACCCCAUUUAUACGUGGUGGAUGUUAUCCAAUGAGAACAGUUGAUCAAAUGAGCUUAAUAUACAUAUAUACUGUAUGUCAUCUGUACGGUGAAGAAAAAGAGAUUGCUGGUGAUCUUGAUAUUUGUCCGAAUCCAUGCAAACGAAGACCUUGUCAUUAUAUUGAAAAUGCCAUUAGUGGUUCAUGUAAACGUCGUGGAUAUCAUAGAGAUGAUUUUGAGUGUCUAUGUGAAACAGGUUUUAAAUGGGACAAAGAUUCGCUAAACUGUGCAAUAGCUGACACAUGCAGUACACUGUGCAAUCCAACUACAACUGAAUUCUGUUUUCUCAAUAGAACAUCAGGUGUGGCAAUAUGUAACUGUAAAACUGGUUAUAUGGGCUAUGAUUGUAGCCAACCAUUUGAUGCAUGUAUAAGCAGUACACAGUUUACAGUAGAUCCAUUAGAUGCUGGCCCGUAUAUCCCAUCAGGAAAUGAAGCCUGUGGAGUGGUGUUGAGUGUAUACAAUCAUUGCAAUCCAAUGAAUGAAAUGCACACAUUCAAUUGUACAUGUGGUACAGGAUAUACACGAGACCUGUCUCUGUCAUAUGAUAAUUGCCUAAAGCAAAUAGACAAGUGUGAUACACACCUGUGUAUAUAUGGUGAAUGCGUUAGAUCGAAAGACCUUACUGAAAGUGUAUGUGAUUGUGAAGAAGGAUAUACUGGAGAAAAAUGUGACAUACCGAAAGGUGUUUGGUCAGCUUGGUCAGAUUGGACUGUUUGUGAACCAGGCUGUGGUCCAGCGAGACACAGUAGAAGAUUUCGUAUAUGCCUGUCUGAAUAUGAAAAGGAUUGUGUUGGUGAAGUGGAACAGGUACGAUCCUGUGGUGAAGAUCUAGACUGUAGACAUGAUAUGUCGAUUGAAGAGAUCACCUGGCUUCAGUUUAUGCAAUGGACUGAGAAGAUUAUGUUAUACACUGUGAUUUACAUUGGGUGUGUAGCAGUACUAAUAACAAUUAUAAGCAUAUUUAAACGUUAUUAUCCCGAUCCGAAUAGGAGAAUUUCACGUAUGCCAAGUAUGCUGCAGACUUUGUCUUCAAAGAAAUCACCAAACCUAAGCUUAGAACACGACAAACAUUUUGGCACUCAUUCAAGAACAAAUAAAUGA